UGUUCAAUCAACAACAUCACUAAAUUAAAAAUGUUCAAGUAUUUGGUUCUUGCUGCUGUUGUUGCCUGCGCUGUUGCUGAGCAUCACGCUUCUUCUUACGCAUCAUUCAACAAUCAUGUUGAACACAGUUAUCAUCACGGGGAUCAUCAUGAUCAUCAUGAGCCCCACCAUCACCCAAAAUACGAAUACAAAUAUGGAGUUGAAGACCACCACACUCAUGAUAUGAAAUCUGCUGAAGAGGAACGCGAUGGUGAUGUCGUCAAGGGAUGGUACAAACUGGAGCAACCCGAUGGCAGGACCCGUAUUGUUCAUUACACCGCCGAUAAACACAAUGGCUUCAACGCUGAUGUUAAAUAUUCCGGCCAUGCUGAUCAUCACUAUUGAGUUCAAAAAUUUAAUACUUAAAUUCUUCCGCUGUAAAUGUGAUACUGAUUCAAA